CGAGCUCCGCCGAGCUUCGCUAGGCUGCGGCGCGGCCACCGGCGGGAGGGCGGUAGCCGCUGCACCCGAGCCUUCCAACCCCCAAAGCCGGGACUCGGGGGCGCUGAGUGGCGCCCGGUCGUGGUGCUGCUCGCUCCUUUGCAGACCUCGUCGCCCGCGUCUCCGUUUAGGAAGUGGUGGGGGUGGCGUGGCAGACGGCGGGAGGCAGUGGAGCGCUCCCCGGGAGGAGAAGGAAUUCACCUGUGCUUAGAGACAGCGCUCGGGCGCGGUGGGAGCGGCGGCGAGCUCUCGGUCCAGGCACCAUGGGCUGCACGCUGAGCGCCGAGGACAAGGCGGCGGUGGAACGGAGUAAGAUGAUCGACCGGAACCUCCGGGAGGAUGGCGAGAAGGCGGCGCGCGAGGUCAAGCUGCUGCUGCUCGGUGCUGGUGAAUCUGGGAAAAGUACAAUUGUGAAGCAGAUGAAAAUUAUCCAUGAAGCUGGUUAUUCAGAAGAGGAGUGUAAGCAGUACAAAGCAGUGGUCUACAGUAACACCAUCCAGUCCAUUAUCGCCAUCAUUCGGGCCAUGGGGAGGUUGAAGAUAGACUUCGGUGACUCAGCUCGGGCGGAUGAUGCUCGCCAGCUCUUUGUGCUUGCGGGAGCUGCUGAAGAGGGCUUUAUGACUACAGAACUUGCUGGAGUGAUAAAGAGAUUGUGGAAUGAUAGCGGUGUGCAAGCAUGUUUCAACAGAUCCCGAGAGUACCAGCUGAAUGAUUCUGCAGCAUACUAUUUAAAUGACUUGGACAGAAUAGCACAACCAAAUUAUAUCCCAACUCAACAGGAUGUUCUCAGAACUAGAGUGAAAACUACAGGAAUUGUGGAAACCCACUUUACUUUCAAAGAUCUUCAUUUUAAAAUGUUUGAUGUGGGCGGUCAAAGAUCUGAGCGGAAGAAGUGGAUUCAUUGCUUCGAAGGAGUGACUGCCAUCAUCUUCUGCGUAGCCCUGAGUGACUAUGACCUGGUGCUGGCCGAAGAUGAAGAAAUGAAUCGAAUGCAUGAAAGCAUGAAGUUGUUUGACAGCAUAUGUAACAACAAGUGGUUCACCGAUACAUCUAUUAUACUGUUUCUAAACAAGAAGGAUCUCUUUGAAGAAAAAAUUAAAAAGAGCCCUCUUACUAUAUGCUAUCCAGAAUAUGGAGGAUCAAACACAUAUGAAGAGGCAGCUGCGUAUAUUCAGUGUCAGUUUGAAGACCUCAAUAAAAGAAAGGACACAAAGGAAAUAUACACCCACUUCACAUGUGCCACAGAUACCAAGAACGUGCAGUUUGUUUUUGAUGCUGUAACAGAUGUCAUCAUAAAAAAUAAUCUAAAAGAUUGUGGUCUCUUCUAAGUUUUGCAGUUACUGGUAAAAUGCAUUUUCAAGCCAAAUGAGUACUUAUAUCUGGAUCUCUCUAGACUAGAGUCUUGCAGCAACACAGAAUGUAGUAUACAGCAGAUGCAUCUGGGACCAGACCAAAGUUGGUUUUUUUUUGUUUGUUUUUUUUUUCUUUUUUUAAACUGAAAGUAACAGAGGGACCUUUCUUAAAUGUAAAAGGUGGUCUUGUAGUGUGAAGCUGAAGGACAGUGUUAAAGCUGGGCUCUAGUGUACUGAUUUCUGCGUAAGUGUAAAUAUGCAAAUGUAUGUAUACAUGUAUUUAUGAUGUUAGUUUCCCCACAUUACUUUUAGGUUUUAAGAGUGGCAACUGACAAUUCUAGCGCGAUGGCUUUGGAAAUAGCAUAAAUAUUAAGAACCUUGUACUGAAUGACAGACGAUUACUACGUUUGCCAGUUUUAAACAGAUUUAUUUAUGUUCAUGUCCUGUGAAUUUUUAAGUACAGUGAUCAAUAUUCAGAAACAUUGCAGCCCUUAUCUUGAUUAUAUGUAUACUUGUAUUCAUAAAAAAAUGUUAUUUGUAUAAACA